UACAGAGACAACGAAAUGCAACGAUGGCACCUGUAAUCAGCAUUGAACACAAAUCUCUGGAGCUGUAAGGCAGCAGCUCUACCACCCCGUCUCUACUCUCGUAUACUGCUUAAACUCCAGGUUAAUGCAAGUUCUCAAGUCCUGAGAAGUGAGAAGGGCCUGUCCCACUUACGCGACCUUUACAGGCGGUCUGAGUCCCUCGGCGCUUCUUGUUCCCAGCAAUCAGGGUGUGCGUAGUGGAAGGGCAAGGAACACACUUUUGGGCGUCACCUUUACUGGCUCGCCAUUCAGUGAGAAAAGAGCAAACGUUAAUUUGCCAACAGGAAAACCCCGUCCCACAAUCUCAUUCGCCUGGAAAUCCAGAAGGGGAAAAAAGGAGGCAAUGAAGGCGAAUCGGCAGCAGGUUAAUGCGAAAACAACGAGCAGCAGAUGGAAAAGCACACAUUUGCUUUUUGCUCGUUGGGAAGUUAUUGAUGGCACUGAUGAUGAAGAUCAUUGGCAACUGCAACCAGAGGUAGAGUUCAAAUGCAGAGACCUUGAUGCGAGCACAAUUACUAUUUCUUCACACUUAUUAAAUACUACACGAGGCAAAAAUAAGGAAACAAUAACCUGUAUGUAUGAAGAUCAUUUCGACUACCUAAAAGGUAAAUGUUCUUCGCAAGAUAUUGUAGCCAAGGAUCUGAAUAAAUGUGCUCAGGGUCCUGUGAGUACUACUGAAUCAACAUCUGGGAAGUACCGCCUUGCACCACUUGUGACCAAACAUGCAACCGGACUGCACGACAGUAAUAUUGAAAAAGCAAUCGCUUCCAUCAUUCAAUGUGAAAACCAUGUCUUGCCCAUGACAAGCCGUCAACUAGCAGAAAAUCAAUUGAAUGAUCCAACGCACGAAACAGAGUCGAAUUCAGUAAUGUCUGAGUGCCGUGAUCCAUGUUCUCGACAACCUUUAAAAGCUUGUGAAACUUCAACAAUAAAGCAACCGUCCGCGUUUAACUUGGAAGGAAAACUACCCACCUGUUCAAAGAAUGGAAGCAACUGCUUGGAAACUCUCAGGGAAGAGGAGAUUAAUUGGAAGGAAAGCAUAUUUCAAGUUGAAGGAACGGUACGCAAAAGAGGUCUUGAUUCAAGAAUAUCAACAGUGCAAGAGUCCACAGAAUGUAGUACAAGAAGUCAGACCAAUGAAGAUGGUCAACAUAUAGCAAGGCCUUUGGACAGUCAAGUCAACAGCAAAAAUGUUCAGGAGCUAGCUAACUUUGCAGGCUUAUCAGCAAGAUAUUUUGCAAUGUGUCCUGUGCAGGACCCACUUGAUGUUGUGAGCAAAGGAGUAAAUAUAUAUCCUGGCAAUAGCAAAAAUAAUUUCACUAAUGACAUUCUUCAAAGUUUAUCCAAAGCCAGGAUGCAAGGGAGACGUCAGAAUUAUCAGCUGGCAAGAAUCAGCCUGUUGGAAGACAAGAGUACAUCUUUGGAGACACAGGAAUGUAUUUCACUGAUGGAUCAACAGAGAUUUGGACACACAAAUUCUGUGGCUGCAGCAAUGCUUCUUCCAGCGUUCCGCCCUUAUCCUUCCAAACAAACGCUCCAUCGAAAUAAGGGGACAACAAAGUUACAAAAUCAAGCAAAAUGCUUGCAAAAAAAUGAUUCUUCAAAAAUGUAUCAUUGCGCUGCACGCACAUCAGAUGUACACUCAGUGCCGAACAUAGCAGAUAUGGCACUACCUGAAGGCCAUAUUACUGUAGCUCAAUUAUUGCAAACCGUGAGUGAUGGAAUGGAUCAAAAUCGAGAUACAACCCAGAAAAACAGCCAUUCAAAGGAAUACGACACAACAAGAGGAAUGAACGGAGAUUUCAAUGAAGCCUUUUUUCUGUUUUUACAGAAAACAAAGAAAAUGCAUUAAGUUGCCAACAGAUGUCCGUUAAAGAAAAGUGGUAUAACUUCAGUAAUGUGUUUACAUGUGAUUUUUUUUAAAUGAUAGGCAUCAUGUGCCAGUAAUAUUAAAAACAAGAGACACAUAUUUUUUCACAAUGCUGGCACAUCCAAGGAAUUUUAAAUUAACCAAACCACCUUUUCCUUGUGCAUUGGUAUUCUGCCAAGUAACUUCUGGCCUGCUUGCUAUUUUAUUGGAAGGAUGCUUUAUGUGUGGGGCUGCUAUGAUUGUCAUGUUGGUGUCCUUACUGAUUUCUUUACCCUAUUUUAACAUUCAUAAAAUCACCAUCUUGUGAAUCAUUGGCAAAUAAACAAGUUACAGUGGAAGAUGUGACUAUUGUAACGGGGGAAUAACAGAAGAUGAAGCCACUUUAAAAUGAACUCUAACAUAACUAAAAUACACAAAUAUAGUAUGAAUCUCUGCCUGUCCUGAUUAAUUGCAUUUUUAUUUUAAUUGCUUUUUUUCUGCAUUCUUUAUUAUCUUGUUUAAAAUUAAAAUGUUGUCAAGUAUAAGUAUGUGUACUUGACCUGAAACUGUGAUGUAAAGAACAGUACAGCAGAAUGUGUAGGAAGGAACUGAAGAUGCUGGUUUACGCCGAAGAUGGAUGCAAGGUGGAGUAACUCAGUAGGACAGGCAGCAUCUCUGGAGAGAAGGAAUGGGUGACGUUUCUGGUGGAGACCCUUCUGCAGUGUUAGGGGAGAGGGAAAUUCGAGAUAUGGAAGGUUACACAGAGCUGAUAAGGUAUGAAAAGGACAGAUCAAAGCAGACGAUGACCAAGGAAAUGU